UGGUGUAUCACCAAAAAUCUUGGACGGCUUCGCGUAUUUCGAUCUGCUAUUAAAAUAACAAGACCAAAUCAAUUAGCAUAACGACCGUCUCCGCCGUUAACUUUCUCCGGCAAUAUGUGCAGAAGACCGGCAUCUCCGUCUGACUCCGUCAAUGCUUCCGGUGACUCCACGGACACCUAUAUCCAGAUUGUAACCUCUGGUGGUCGACGGAUUCCGGUGCACCAUAACAUUCUGGCAUCAGCUUCGACGGUAUUGGAAAGCAUAAUUGACCGGCCACGUAAGCAUCGGAGCUCUGAGAAAACUAUUCCGAUCGUCGGCGUUCCGUGUGACGCCGUCGUUGCCUUUGUUGGAUUCAUUUAUUCCGGCAGGUGCUCCAAUGAAGAAAUGGAGAAAUAUGGGAUACAUCUAUUGGCUCUGUCUCACGUGUACCUGGUCCCAAAACUAAAAUCACAGUGCACCAAGGAGUUGAUCCAACGGUUAACAAUUGAGAACGUGGUUGAUGUACUACAACUCGCCCGCCUCUGCGAUGCACCUGAUCUUUACCUCAAAUGCAUGAAACUCGUCUCUAACAAAUUCAAGGCUGUUGAAGAAACAGAAGGCUGGAAGUUUCUUCAAAAUCAUGAUCCAUUCUUCGAACUCGAGAUCCUCCAGUUCAUAGACGAGACCGAAUCCAGGAGGAAGAGGAGCAGCAGACAUAGGAGAGAACAAAGUUUGUAUUUCGAGUUAAGCGAAGCUAUGGAUUGUUUGGAACAUAUUUGUACAGAAGGUUGCAUAAGCGUGGGUCCACACGACAUGGUACCGCGGAAGAACAAGGCGCCAUGUAACAAGUUCUCGACAUGCCAAGGACUUCAACUCUCGAUUCAACAUUUCGCAAACUGUAAGAAGAGAGUUAAUGGAGGAUGUGUUCGGUGCAAACAGAUGUGGCAACUCUUCAAACUCCAUGCCUCUAUAUGUCAAUUGCCCGAUUCGGCUUGUAAAGUUCCCCUUUGCAGGCGCUUCAAGAUGAGAGAAGGGAAAGAAAUGAAGAACAAGAAAGAAGAGGAAAGAUGGGAGUUGUUGGUGAAGAAAGUGGUGGUAGCUAGAGCCACGUCAUCCUUAUUAUUGCCAAAGAGAAAAAGGGUGGAAGAAGAUGCUGAGCAAGAUCCAAUUGCAGCAGCAUGUGGGGAAGCCAAUGAUAAUCAUAAUCAUGUAAUUAGAAGAUUAGUUUGUUAAUUAUUUAAGCAAAACCAAUGUAUAAAUGGUUUGAUUCCUUUUUAUUUCUCAAAGGAAAUAGGAAGCCAUGUGUUAGUGUUAUUAUAUGCUGCUGGGUGUUGGGAUACCAUACAAAUGCAUAUGUAUAUGUAUAUUGUAUCCAUUUCUCUUAUAUAUAUAUAUAAAUUCAUAUUCAAGAUGUUU